AUGGGGAUCUUGAGGCGAUCCUUCUCGUUGUUGAUGCAGUAUGCCGCUCGUCCUUCUUGCUCACGGUUUUCUGCAUCCGCUACACGCCCAGUGAGCACUAUCCGAGUACGACAACUUCAUGACUCCAGCUUAGUGCGUUCUGUUGAGAAAACACGCAAGGAGCAGGAGUUUGAACGCGGUCUUAUCAAUUUAAGAAAACAACAAAGAAAGCGUCGUCCACUUACAGCUCAAGUGUCCUAUAUUGAUGAUGAUUCGGAAGAUACUAUACAUCUCGUAAAAAAGUUGGAAUAUACCAUUAAUCCAACUCAGAUCAAUGAGAUUUUCGUAUUCCAAGAUGGGGUGGUCGUUUUCUGGAACGUCACUCACGCAGAGCGGGCUCAGGCAAUACGUGACUUGGAACAUUACAUGGAAGGUCCUUAUGAUUCGUCGGUAACGAUGGAAGAACAAGAUACGAUGCCGUUUGCAGUUUUAGAAGGGGGUGAAACCAUCAUCAAACAUGAUCGCUUCAUACUUAGCGCAGAAAAGCAUGGCAGUGAUCAUCGCAAAUUUGAGAACGUUUUGGAGCGGUUCUCAUUAAGUCAAGCCUUCGCUGCAUCAGUCAAAGUGGGAGUUUGGGAGACUUUGCUUAAUGAUCUCGCCGAGCCAUUGUCGGGUACUACAAAGGCUCUGAAGCAAGGUGUUAUUCCAUGGAGUCGCAAAGAAGCCCUCAUGAAGUCUGGAGAGUUUGCUGGCACUCAGCAUUCUAUCAACCUUGAUUGUACUUUACUCAACCGCGACUUCUAUUGGGAUCGCUCGCAAGUGGAACAGUACUACCUAAUGGCAGCCCGACACUUUCACACUAGGACGACGAAUAAGUUCCUCUUUCUUGGUUUGAAUGGACGUUUGGAUUACUGCGAAGAGCUUGUGAAGAUGGUGGAUAAUAUGCUAUCUCUACGACAUGCCUCGACACUGGAAUGGAUGAUUAUCGUUCUUAUUGUGAUCGAAGUGAUCUUUGAUCUUCUACAUUACGCUGAUUCUACUCCCACAAAAGUUAUAGUGGUGCAAGAGCCAGCGGCACCUGCUGCUUCUACUAGUACUAAUUAUUACGGUUUGUCACGAGUAUUACCGGUUGCCCGUGUAGUGAUGGCACGGUCUAGUUUUAGACUACUUAGCUCGCAGACAGGCGAUGAAUUCACUUUGAAAGAAUUCGGGGAGAAGUAUUUCGGUCACCGUAAGGCUGUAUUACUGAGAAGUAUGGAGAUCAAUCGAUCUGAUGCUUCACCAGCUAUACCCAUUUAUAGAGAGAUGUCUUUGAAAAUUUAUCGUGAUAUGACUCAGUUGAGCAUCAUGGAUCGCGUUUUGUAUGAUUCUCAACGUCAAGGUCGUAUCUCGUUUUACAUGACCAACUUCGGAGAGGAGGCUUCACAUGUCGGUUCGGCUGCAGCACUCAAAUUUGAAGAUCUCAUUUACGGACAAUAUCGGGAAGUUGGUGUUCUAAUGUGGAGAGAUUUCCCUUUGGAGAAUUUCAUGCACCAGUGCUACGGGAAUUCCAAAGAUAUAGGAAAAGGACGCCAAAUGCCGGUCCACUAUGGUUCUGUGGAACAUAACUUUGUAACGAUCUCUAGUCCGCUCACUACUCAGUUACCUCAGGCUGUCGGAACUGCUUAUGCAUACAAACUUACGCCGAACAAUGAUCGUGUUGUUGUGGUAUAUUUCGGUGAUGGUGCAGCAUCGGAAGGUGACGCUCAUGCGGCUUUCAAUUUUGCAGCGACUUUGGACUGCCCAAUUAUAUUCUUCUGUCGUAACAAUGGCUACGCUAUCAGUACACCUACAUCGGAACAAUACGGAGGCGACGGCAUCGCUGGCAAGGGAGCAGGCUAUGGAUUGCACACGAUUCGCGUUGAUGGAAACGACGUGUUCGCAGUAUACAACGCGACGAAAGCGGCUCGAGAGCUCGCACUCAAAAAUAAGCCUGUUCUGAUAGAAUCAAUGACCUACAGGUUAGGUCAUCAUUCUACCAGUGAUGACUCUACCGUCUACAGAUCUCAUGAAGAGGUGCAAGAGUGGACCGAUAAGGAUCAUCCUAUCAAACGGUUCAAGCACUACAUCACAGAGAAAGGCUGGUGGAAUGACGAGGAAGAGAAAAAUUGGCAGAAAGAUGUUGCGGCUGAGAAACGUCUAAAGCGAAAGAAUUCGAGAUUGGACAAAUGCGGCAUACCUGAAGAGGAGCUGUACCUUAUGCAACAGCAGUUAAUCCAACAGGCUCGGGAGCAGGAUCCCGAUCAGCUACGGGCACAAGCUGCGGCUGUACAACAAUUGCUUCCUGAACAGCAAGUUUUUGCAGCGCAACCAGCGCAGGAUGAUGACGAGUACGAUAUCUGA